AUGCGCAGCUACCGCCCAACGCACGACGCCCUCGCCGGCCUUGUGAGCCAGAUCACCAUGCUCUCGAGCGAUGCGCUCGAAGGCCUCUUGACCCUCGUCGCGCAGUACGAGCCAUCGCACGUCGCCAACUGCAGCUACGACGAAGUUGAGCUCGACCUGGAGCGCCUCCAGCCGCUGACGCUCAUGGCAGUCGCCCACUCGCAGUUCUCGCUGAACCGGUCGCCGCUGGCCAAGGCCGCCUUGCCGCAGUCGCACGAGGUCCAGCGCCGCCGCGUCUCGCUCAUCGGCCGUCUCUUCGCCUCCAGCGAGCCGCGCGAUCCCAUUUACCAGCCGCCGCCUCUACACCCAAAGAAAGCGUCGUCCAAGCGGUCGCUCGCCGACACUCCGGAUGCCGAUGACCCGCCGACCGUGCGGCGCGCCGACGCCAGCGAGAGCAUGACCCACACAAUCCUGAUUAGCAUGCGGCCGGACGAGCUGGCGUCGGUGGCCUCGUCCAACGACGCCACCGACGACGAGGAGAACGCAGGCGACGACCCGGAGCACGGGCUCGCCGACCCGCGCAUCUACGAGAUGCUCAAGAAGAUCAAUCGCUGCCUCGAGACGAUCCAAGCAAUCAAGGCCGACGUCCACAUAAGCUGUGUGCCCGAGUACACGCACACGACCAGCACGAGCUUGUGAGCUUAGAGUAGUAUUUUAUUAAAAGUAGGCCCGCGUCGCCGAAUCCAGUCGCGUGUCAUUAUUGUC